UCGUCCACCAGUAUCCAGCCUCUCGCGGGCUUAUGCGGACCUAAAGCGCGUACCGUUCUACAUAGCGAAGCAGUGAGUGAUACCUGUAGAUCAUAUAUCGUGUAUUAGACUGGCAGACGCGAAAUACGGGCGCAACUACGGGGGAAGCAGCAUCCAGAUGUGACCAUCCGGAUUAUUCUUCCAUAUCCCCUCUCAGCUGCAUUCCUCUCCCUCCUCAUAUCACGGACUUAUCACGGACCGACGCCAGCAGAAUUUUUCAUUAACCGCUCGCAUCACAGAUUUAUCAUCAUCAAAGCGGAUCCGUGAUUAAACCCUUAACCACAGGACACCAGACGUCGGCGCACGGCCCUUAAUGUAAACAAAGCAUCUAAUUCUUGCUUCUCGGAUCUUGCUGCAACACCUGCACUGCACGCGCUUCUUUGUUAAUUAUGACUCGCGUAUAUGAUCUACAAAACCUAUGAUGUCUGGUAUUGACGAGCAUGCCAAAAAUGCGUCAGUAGAUCAACAACUGCCAAUCUUCCGAGUGCAGCUGAAUUGUCUCGACACCUACCAGUCGCCUGCAACCUCUUAUGAUCGAGACGCGAGUCCUCUGAAAGACCUGGCCGACCAGAAGUUCCGCACUGUACCAGUUAUACGUGUUUUUGGAAAUGCAGACACUGGCCAGAAAGUGUGCGCGCACAUACAUGGUGUAUAUCCGUAUUUGUUUAUCGAGUACCGCGGUCCACUCGACAGAUCAGCGGUUGACGACUAUAUAAAAACCCUCACUGCGGGUAUCAAUUCCGCCUUUUGCGUCUCGCUGAACAAUCGCCGCUCCAAAAACACAUUCGUCGCAAACAUCAUUCUCUGCAAAGCCGUGCCUUUCUACGGUUUCCAUGUCGGCUGGAGCUAUUACCUCAAGAUCUACAUUCUCGAUCCAGGUCUGAUGAACCGCCUGGCUGACCUUCUGCGCAAUGGUGCUGUACUUGGAUCCCCCUUCGACGUCUAUGAGGCCCAUAUUCCAUAUCUCUUGCAGUUUUUCAUCGACUUUAAUCUCUACGGAUGUGCAUGGAUGAACCUUUCCGACGUGCGCUUCAGAUCCCCUGUUCCCGCAUCAAGCCCUUUUGGCGCCGUCAAACAUUUCGAAUGGGACAGUCAUUCAAUCUCGCCCACCUUGCUCUCCGAUCCCUCUGAGUUUCAGAGAGCGUCCUACUGCGAGCUUGAAGUUGAUAUACAGGCGCAGGAUAUAUUGAACAGAUACGAGAUCAAAGAACGAAACCUCCAUCAGGACUUCAUCGAGCUCAGAAAUCCCCUGCCUGAUGAUUAUAAAUAUAUGACCAGCACGGCUGAACUGUGGAAAGAUGAACGGUCGCGUCGGAAGUUAUUGAAUAUCUAUAAGCAGGUUGACACACUUACACCUGAAGCAAAACGUGGAGCAGAUAUACACUGGAGAGAGGAUAGCCGGUUCUGGAAGAGGCUGAAUUUAGCAAUCAAUGCCGAUGCAGAGGCUGUCAGACAGCAAGGACCUUUCCGUCUAUCGAGCUCAGAUCAGGGUAUCAUGACUGCCUUCAAUCUAGUUGACAAUAUGUUUCUCCGUCCGUCGGAAAAACAAAACACGUUCUCCGCGGAUUCAACGUACGAAGACAGCUUCUGGGACGGGCUGGACCCCGAAGAGUUAGCUGCUAUCGACGACCAGAAAUCAGACGCAAAACCUCUGACGAGCGAUGACACAGAAACUCAUUUUGCCAUGGGUCAAACGAAGCUGAAGCGCAAGGCGCUCGCAAAUAGCUCGACCUCUGAAUCUUUGUCAAACAUAACGACUUCUCCUGAAGUUCUUGCGUCUGACGCUUCGCCUAGUGACUUGAGAAAAACGCAUAGCAUGACAGCUAAAAGAGCAGAUCGAACGCAGCUAUCUAUAACCGAACUCGGGGAAAUCACAAAAUUAGUACACAGUCAGUCACAAGGUUCAAAGAAAUCCUCGCAGAGUCUGUCUCUUGCACCGAAACGGCGGAAGUCGCAGCAUUCAUUUACUUUUUCGAGGUUGUCUAUGCAUUCCGCAGUUAGUGCAACUCCAGAAACGGCACUCGCCAAGCUCGAGGCAGAUAUUCGUCGCAGCUUUGGUAUUACUUCAGAGUUGGCGGCCAAUCCUGAACUUCCUCCUAAGCCGUCGAUGAUUAUGAAAACACUGCCCGAGCCAAAAAGUUUGUACCAGCAAGCGUACUACGGAAACGACGACGACGUUCCGUCUUUUGCGCGUGAAUACGGUGGUCGCGAGUUCAAGCUGGAGGGUAAAUCGGUUCGGUAUCUGCCUGAUUUCAAUGCAGGUGUUAGGUCUGAGUCUGGUUUGCGGGACAAUAAAGACUGCAGGUGGCGGGUUUGGCAGUAUGCUGAUCUGCCACCUUCGAGGGUUGCUGUUCAAAAGUGGCUGUGUGAGUCCAAGGAUACGCAAGUGAAACCCGCUUCGCGAGCUGCUACGCGGUGUCAGAUCACCGGUCCUACACAGAUAUCUCCCGAUCGAGCGCGGCGCCGUGAGUCUCUGAGUUUUAAAUAUUCCUCGACAGCGAUGUCGGUUAUGAGCUUGGAACUUCAUGUCAACUCGCGGGGCAAGCUUCUGCCAGACCCGAAACUCGACCCUGUAACGUUCGUCGUCUGGAUAUUUCAGCCUUCGAGCAAGCAGGAUUACGAGACAUCUACCGACGAUCUGGUCAGGGGAAUGAUUGCGGUCUCAGACGACGCUGAGGAGCAGGCUAUUUUGUCAAAGUUGUCGGGAUUUGAUGAUUUUGUCGUUGUGUCUACAGAAUUGGAGCUGCUGAACACUCUUACUGACAAGAUUCGCGAGCAUGAUCCUGACAUUCUUGCUGGCUUUGAGAUUCACAACUCGUCGUGGGGUUAUCUGGUCGACCGUUCUAGAGCAAAGUACGAAUACGACAUCAGCGAAGAUUUCUCAAGACUCAUCAUUCCCAAAGAAAGUCGCAGCAACGCAGACCGCUGGGGCGCAACGCAUGCGUCGUCGAUCCAUACCACUGGCCGACAUGUGCUUAAUUUAUGGCGAUUACUGAAGGGCUCUGCGGAUUUGCUGCGGUACACGCUGCAGAAUUGCGCGUUUCACUUUCUGAAGAAACGGAUCCCGUUUUACGACAGCGAACGGCUUUCGGAAUGGUACCAGUCGAAAACCGCGGGCAAAAUGCAGAGAGUUAUCCGCAGCUGUGUCACGCGCGCGCAGCUGAACCUCGAGUUCCUCGACACUUUAGAGAUCAUCGACCGCACGAGCGAGCAAGCGCGCGUUCUCGGCGUCGAUUUCUACUCCGUCAUCUCCCGCGGCUCGCAGUAUAAAGUGGAAUCGCUCAUGUUUCGGAUCGCAAAGGCGGAGAACUUUAUGCUUGUCUCGCCGAGUCGGGCGCAGGUGGGGCGGCAGAACGCGCUGGUUGCGUUGCCGAUUGUUAUGGAGCCGGAUAGUAAUUUUUUCACGAGCCCCGUUGUCAUUUUGGAUUUCCAGUCUUUGUAUCCUUCGAUUAUUACUGCGUUUAAUUAUUGUUACUCUACAUGUCUGGGGCGCGUCGAACAGUGGAAUGGACGGAAUAAACUAGGGUUUGUGAACGACCUCGCGAUCCCUACAGGUCUUUUGUCAUAUUUGAAGGACUAUAUAAAUAUAUCACCCAACGGCCUGGUCUUUUUGAAAAAAUCAGUGCGAAGGUCACUGCUGUCAAAGAUGCUUUCCGAGGUGCUUGAUACCCGCGUGAUGGUCAAGAACGAGAUGAAGCGCACGGAGAACGGGUCGCUCAGACGACUGCUCGGCAACAGGCAGCAAGCGCUCAAGUUCAUCUCGGUCGUGACGUACGGGUACACGUCCGCCUCGUUUUCCGGGCGGAUGCCGUGCGCAGAGCUCGCGGACGCGAUCGUCGAGACGGGAAGGGAGAUGCUUGAGCGCGCGAUCGAGAUGAUAAACACGGACCGCAAGUGGGGUGCGCGGGUGGUCUAUGGCGAUACGGAUAGUAUGUUUGUGCAUAUCCCCGGGCGGACCAAGGACGAGGCGUUUGAUAUCGGCAAGGAGAUUGCGGACCGCGUGACGGCGAUGUAUCCCCAGCCGGUGAAGCUCAAGUUGGAGAAAGUGUAUUUGCCGUGCAUAUUGAUGGCGAAGAAGAGGUAUGUGGGGUUUAUGUACGAGACGAAGGGGCAGAAGGAGCCGGUGUUUGAUGCGAAGGGGAUCGAGACUGUGAGGCGGGAUGGCACUCCUGCUGAGCAGAAGAUUGAGGAAAAGGCGUUGAGGAUCCUAUUCCGCACAUCAGAUUUAUCAGCAGUGAAAGCAUACUUCACAGAGCAAUGCACCAAGAUAAUGAGCGGCGACGUCUCGAUCCAGGAUUUCUGCUUCUCCAAAGCCGUCAAACUGGGAACCUACAGCGGUCCCACUCUACCCCCCAGCGCCGCGAUUUCUGUCAAGAAAAUGCACGAAGACGCUCGCGCCGAGCCGCAGUACGGCGAACGAGUCCCGUACGUGGUCGUCUCUGGCGCGCCUGGGUCGCGACUAGUCGACCGCUGCGUGGCGCCGGAGAUGCUGCUGAACGGUAGCGGGCAGCUAUUUCUGGACGCGGAGUACUACAUCACAAAGAACCUGAUUCCGCCGCUCGAGCGGAUUUUCAAUCUGGUGGGUGCGAAUGUGCGGCAGUGGUAUGAGACGAUGCCGAAGGUUGUGCAGUUUUCGGGGUCGGCGUCUGCGGUUUUGGAGGGCGCGGCGGGGGCGGGGAGGAAGGGGAAAGGGAUGACGUUGCAUUCGUAUAUGAAGACGAGUGGGUGUGUUGUUUGUGGGCGGGUUGCGUCCUCGGAGGGAGACAUGUGUGAGUCCUGCAGCACCAACCUCCCCAGCAGCAUCUACACCGUCCGAACCCGCGAACGCGAGCACGAGCGUAACACGCGCAAGCUCGAGGCGCUCUGUCGCGCAUGCACGGGUGCGCCGAACGGGUUCGAGAUCGGCUGCGUGUCGCAGGACUGCGCGGUGUAUUACUCGCGGGUGCGGGAGCUGGCGAAGUUGCAGCGGGCGAGGAGGGUUAGUGGGGUUGUUAUGGGUGUUGAUCGGAGGGAGUUGGAGUGGUGAUGGUGAGUGUUUUUGUAGGGCUGGGUUUUUAUAGGGUCUGGAGUUUUGGGUGUAUAUAUGUAUUAUGUACUAUAAUGACAACAUGUGUAUGAAUAAGAAUAAAAAAGGACAUCACGGUCAUGAAUCAUGGCACUAAUGAUACAAACGCUCCAAAGAAUAUAAGAAAAUGAAGAAACCAUUAAACUCCUCCGGUCGUAGAAUAAUAAAAAUGCAAUGUAGAAGAAAGAAAGAAAGAA